AUGCCGCCUCUAAUUCGACGCCGGCCGCUCAUGGAACGAAUAAAAUCGUACCUCAACCCCCUCGAUUUCCUACUGUGGCUGUCUGAAGAGCUUGAUUCGAGUGACUGGGAGCAAUGGGAGAAGGAGUGGGCGAUCCCCUUGGGGAUUGGGUUAAAUGUGGUGUUCCUCAUAGCACGCGCAAAUAGCUGUACCAGCAGCAGCAGGAUCGGGGAUGACGUCUUUGGAGAAGUUGUCCGGACUAGUUGGUUCAGUUGGUUUGCUUCCUUCGUCGUUCACCUCUUAGCAUAUACAUCUGUUUUGAACGCGUUCUACACGUUCUGGCGCAAACGCCAUUAUCGGCUGUUCGAAGCAUCGAUAGAUACCGCUCCGGCCACGCCGUCUGCGCAUCGAGUACCAGUGAACUCGUCGCCCAUGGUUUCGCCACCGUUGCGAGUUUUAUCCAAGAUGAUGUCAACUGGGUCGGCGGAAGCAAGAGCACAUCCGAGCGCAGAGCAGGACGUUUGGGAGAUAGGAAUGUGGGAUCCCCGCCCGCUGUCUCUUCGACUCUUCUGUCUAUUCAGUCCAGGCCAUGUCAUGAUAUAUUGUCUUUUCCUUCCCACCUCCCCAGCAGACCCGCGACCUAGUGUUACGAUUGUCACGACCCUAUUCCUCGCGUUGCUCUUAACUGUGCAAAUGUCGAUGCUAUCAGCAUCCUUUGCGCAGCAGGCGAAAGACUCGAGAUUAGUCCACAAAGAAGUGUUGAACGAAUAUGACACAAAAUUUGUCCGCCCUCGAACACAUCCCAUUAUGCGCAGCGUUGCAACUCAACACUCCGAAGAAAUGUCCUACAACCCAAAUUUAGACGAGGCUUACAACACUGUGAAAACAUAUACCCCUACGUCGAUGCGCCAAAGCUUCAAAAUCAGCCCGAAUCCUAAUUACAUUAAACACAUAGACCCGGAGGGCGCUUCGAAGCCGUAUCGCCAGCGCAGUCGAUCUUCUAUUUCAACUCCCCGCGUCAAUUCAUCUGGCACUGAUCGUCCCACCCCUAGCCACUAUAUAGAGAACUCAACCCCUCUUCAUGCACGCAGCCCAGCCAUCCGCCAGCCGCACUUUAGAUCCGUAUCUUCUACAGCUGAUGGCGGAAGCCUCGGCGUGUACUCUCACGCGAACUCCCCUCUGAGGAAAUCAGCAUCGUCACAUUUUGACCAGAGAGGGGCAAUUAAUGCCGAAGAGCUCGACAAACGGGAUCGACUUUACACCCCGGCAAAGCGCCUAUUGAACCCUUUAAAACGAUCAAGCGUGCCUGGCGGAGUAGGGCUCUCAGGGAGGUUGAGUCAUCUUGCAAAUACUCCUCGUGGACUUCGACGUGACCCUGGGUUGUUCUAA